AUGCAGAAUGAAUAUCCGUCAACCACUCGAUCACCGAUAAAUUUUAGUACGUACGAGGUCUGUUCCGACGAUUUGUAUCCCACUUUAGCUGCUUUCAGUUCUGCAUAUCACCAGAUUCAUGUCUUCUUGUCCUUGAUUCUAUGCAUUUGCGGAAUCUGCCUCAACGCCUUAAAUGUGGUUGUGCUAUGUCAGAAGCACAUGCGCAGCUCGAACAGCUUGCUUCUUUCGAGCCUGGCUAUAUCUGACGGCAUGGUGAUGGUUAUUUACAUAAUCUACGAUCUAGGAUUUCGACUGGUGGCUCGAUUGGAGAAUGGCAUGACUAAGGAAUAUGCUCACCUUCUACUGGUAUGCAUCGUAGGACAAAACUUGUUUCACACAUUUUCUACAUGGAUAAUCGUCGUACUUGCCGCAUAUCGCCUUCUCUACAUACACGCAGGGCCUCAGGCAAGAGUUGUGUGCGCUCCUCUGCGUGUUUGGCUCGCCAUCGCCAUGGUCGCAUUCAUAUCCAUGGUUCUUGCUAUUCCUCUUGUCUUUGCUCAUGAGGUGACUCAUUACCGAAAGCCAAACUGUGAAGAUUUAAAGCUAUACGAAGUGGAUUAUGUGGAUAACACUGUCCUUCAGACAAUUCUCUUUUACAAUUCUGCUCUCCUGGUUAAAGCUAUUCCAAUUCUCCUUAUGUGGAUUUUGAGCAUCAUACUGAUAAAGAAGAUCCGUAAAACCCAAACGGUCCGACGGAGACUUUUGCCACUAGAAACUUUGCGAUCGUCAACCACGCUGUCUGAACCCACUACAGGCUGUACUGUCGAGGAUCAUAAAAUUCAGAAGCUUCGGUGGUUCUUCUUUAAGUCCUGUGGUCGUUUUGAUAGCUAUCGACAAUCUACUCAGCCUACGAAAAUGCUUCUAGCAGUAGCGCUAAUGUAUAUACUUACCUAUCUACCCCAGUCUGUAAUGCUGAUCCUCAACCGCUACAUGGGCCGGUGCUUUCAAGUGCAGGUAUACGAGCGACUGGGUGAUAUGAUGGACCUUAUGACCCUGAGCAACAACGGCAUAACUUUUGUCAUCUAUUGCGCCAUGUCCACGCAAUUUCGACACACAUUCAUGACUCUCCUCGCCUCUGGCAGAAGAAUGCUGAGCCAUGUCUAA